AUGUCUCACAACUACUCCUACAGACGACCACUACCAGCUAAAGAUCUAAGAGCCAGCUCUUUCGACUCUCCAGAUCACCUGCGCCCUGGAGACCACAGUCAUAAUGUUAACAGAUCGUCCCAGGAGCCACCAUCUCAUUCCACAAUACCAUCCUACCCUUCCUCGUCAUCCAGAGCCCCCGCUGCCACCGAGUCCCCUUACUCCUCCUCACUAAGCCGGUCAGACCCUUACUCUUCCUCACGAAGCAGGUCAGACCAAACUCUGACCCUCCUGAGCAGCUGUGGGCUCGAGCCCAAAGACUUGUCUCUACUAGCCGAGAUGCCUGAGGAUGUCAUCACCGUGGAGAACCUACCACGUCUGCUCCAGGAGAUCAAGAAGAACAGGUCGACACAGCAGCCUCCACAUCCAGCUAUGAUCUCUUACCCCCCUGCCAAAUCUCGUCCCCCCCCUGCUACCCUGCCUCCAGGCCGUUUGUGGGAGCAGGGUGACUGGAGUCGUUCUCAGCCAUUAGACUACCCGUUGGACCCCCACCCCUCUCUUCCCCCAUCCCAACUUCUUCCAACAGAACAGGCUGAGCCCUGGAAACUAGAUUGGCAUGGCAACCCGAUGCAGUACACAUGCUCUCGCGUGGAACCUGUCCCUGUCCGAGUUGUGGACUACCACUAUGGUAAAGAAACUCCCAGAAGUUACGAAACUCCUAGGUCCACUUACAGCACGGCCCAAGGAGGAAGCAACAACAGCCGGAAACCCCCCAACUUGUCCCAACCAGAAGUAGAUUACAGGUACUCAUCUGCUACAACUACAGACUACAGACCACGCCCAGACCAAGAUGGCCCAGUUGUCACAAAGAUGGCCACCUCUGGCAACACUCCCACCAAGAAGGCUGCUCUUGACUUUCACGGAGAAAUCCCCCAAACGUUUCCUUAUUCGUGCUCUCUCUGUGAUAUUACCGUGCUCUCUGAAAAGGUAAGUAGCUUACUUCCUCUUAUUUCUGUUGAAUCUGCAUUAUCUGGGUCUCAGGUAGGUUCAUGUGUGUGAAAGGGUCCAAAGUGUAUCAAUCUGAAGCCUAUUUGUGCCACUAAUAAUAUACAGUUAAUGCAUAGGCUAUGUGUUCUAACAUACGUAGCAGUAUCUUAAAUAUGAACAACUAGUCAAAAUAACAUGUUUUAUUUGCUUUUUUUGCAGUACUGGUUUGCACACGCCAAUGGAACUCAACAUGCAGACGGACAGCUCACACUUCUUCGAAUGUGAGUAAUCACAUACUCAAGUUGUUUUUCCAGUUCUCUACUCACUAGCAUGACAUUUCAAACUCAUUCUGUCAGUAUUGAUAUUGUAAUAGGCCUAGUUUCAAUGGAUUAAGUUCCUAAAUUGUCCAGCUUUUUAUCAUUCCAUCUCUUCUCCCUGUGCCUACGUUUAGGUAUCCUGAGUGGGAUUGCCGGAUGCAGACCGCCAGAAAGUGAGUGCAUAUCUCUCUGUGUGUAUGUGCUUAGUAUUAAUGAAGAAUAGAUCCUAACUACAGGCCUUUUAAUCCCUUCAGUGGUGAUGACCACACAGAGAGACCGAGAGUUGAAGAGAAGACUGGUGGACCUUCCCAUAAAUCGAUUAACUACUUGGGUAAACUCACUGCAUUAGCGUGCCUAUACAGGGAAAGUAUUCAGACCCCUUGACUUUUUCCACAUGUUGUUACGUUACAGCCUUAUUCUAAAAUUGAUUAAAUUGUUUCCCCCUCCCCCCUCAUCAAUCUACACCACAAUACCCCAUAAUGACAAAGUAAAAACUUUUUUUUUUAUUUGUGCAAAUUAAUAAAACUAUUUUUUAUUACAUUGACAUAAGUAUUCAGACCCUUCACUCAGUACUUUGUUUAAGCACCUUUGGCAGCGAUUACAGCCUCAAGUCUUCUUGGGUAUGACGCUACAAGCUUGGCACACCUGUAUUUGGGGAGUUUCUCCCAUUCUUCUCUGCAGAUCCUCUCAAGCUCUGUCAGGUUGGAUGGGGAGCGUCGCUGCACAGCUAUUUUCAGGUCUCUCCAGAGAUGUUCAAUCAGGUUCAAGUCCGGGCUCUGGCUGGGCCAUUCAAGGACAUUCAGAGACCUGUCCCGAAGCCACUCCUGCAUUGUCCUGGCUGUGUGCUUAUGGUCGUUGUCCUGUUGGAAGGUGAACCUUCGCCCCAGUCUGAGGUCCUGAGUGCUCUGGAGCAGGUUUUCUCUGUAAUUUGGUCCGGUCAUCUUCCCCUCGAUCCUGACUAGUCUCCCAGUCCCUGCCUCUGAAAAACAUCCCCACAGCAUGAUGCUACCACCACCAUGCUUCACCGUAGGGAUGGUGCCAGGUUUCCUCCAGAUGUGACGCUUGGCAUUCAUGCCAAAGAGUUCAAUCUUGGUUUCAUCAGACCAGAGAAUCUUGUUUCUCAUGGUCCGAGAGUCCUUUAGGUGCCUUUUGGCUAACUCCAAGCGGGCUGUCGUGCCUUUUACUGAGGAGUGGCUUCGGUCUGGCUACUCAACCAUAAAGGCCUGAUUGGCAGGUAGCUUAGUGGUUAAGAGCGUUGUGCCAGUAACCAAAAGAUCGCUGGUUCUAAUCCCCGAGCCGCCUAGAUGAAAAAUCUGUUGAUGUGCCCUUGAGCAAGGCACUUAACCCUAAUUGCUCCUGUAAGUCGUCUGCUAAAUGACUUAAAUGUAAAAUUGGUGGAGUGCUGCAGAGAUGGUUGUCCUUCUGGAAGGUUCUCCCAUCUCCACAGAGGAACUCUGGAGCUCUGUCAGAGUGACCAUCGGGUUCUUGGUCACCUCCCUGAACAAGGCCCUUCUCCCCCGAAUGCUCCGUUUGGCCGGGUGGCCAGCUCUAGGAAGAGUCUUGGUGGUUCCAAACUUCUUCCAUUUAAGAAUGAUGGAGGCCACUGUGUUCUUAGGGAACUUCAAUACUGCAGAAGGUUUUUGGUACUUUGGUACCCUUUCCCCAGAUCUGUGCCUCGACACAAUCCUGUCUUGGUGCUCUACGGACAAUUCCUUCGACCUCAUGGCUUGGUUUUUGCUCUGACAUGCACUGUCAACUGUGGGAUCUUAUAUAGACAGGUGUGUGCCUUCCCAAAUCAUGUCCAAUCAAUUGAAUUUACCACAGGUGGACUCCAAUCAAGUUGUAGAGACAUCAAGGAUGAUCAAUAGAAACAGGAUGCACCUGAGCUCAAUUUAGUCUCAUAGCAAAGGGUCUGAAUACUUUUGUAAAUAAGGUAUUUCUGUUUUUUAUUUUUAAUACAUUUGCAAACAUUUCUUAACCUGUUUUCGCUUUGUCAUUAUGGGGUACUGUGUGUAGUUUGAUGAGGACAUUUAUUUUAUUUAAUCAAUUUUAGAAUAAGGCUGUAACGUAACAAAAUGUGGAAAAAGGGAAGGCGUCUGAAUACUUUCCGCUGUACAUAAUACAGUGCCUUCAGAAAGGAUUCAUACUCCUUGACUUACUCUAAAUGUUGUUGUAUUACAGCCUAAAUUCAAAAUGGAUUAAAUAUUUGUAUCUCUCGCCCAUCUACACACAAUACCCUGUAAUGACAAAGUGAAAACAUGUUUUUGAAAUGUUAGCACAUUUUUUGAAAAUGAAAUACAUAAAUAUCUAAUUUACAUAAGUAUUCACAUCCCUGAGUCAAUACAUGUUAGAAUCACCUUUGGAAGCGAUUUACAGCUGUGAGUUUUUCUGGGUAAGUCUCUUUAAGAGCUUUGCGUACCUGGAUUGUACAAUAUUUGCACAUUAUUCUUGAAAAAAUUAUUCAAUCUGUCAAGUUAGAUCAUUACUAGACUUCCAUUUUCAAGUAUUGCCAUAGAUUUUCAAGACGAUUUAAGUCAAAACUGUAACUAGGCCACUCAGGAACAUUCAAUGUCAUCUUGGUAAGCAACUUGGUAAGUGUAUAUUUGGUAAGUGUACCUCUGUUACUGUUUUAAAGUCACCAUUGGCCUCAUGUUGAAAUCCCUGAGCGGUUUCUUUCCUCUCCAACUGAGUUAGGAGAGACGCCUGUAUCUUUGUAGUGACUGGGUGUAUUGAUACAUCAUCUAAAGUGUAAUUAAUAACUUCACCAUGCUCAAAGGGAUAUUCAAUGUCUGCUUUUUUUUUAAAUUUUCACCCAUCUGCCAAUAGGUGCCCUUCUUUGCGAGGCGUUGGAAAACCUCCCUGGUCUUUGUGGUUGAAUCUGUGCUUGAAAUUCACUACUCAAUUGAGGGACCUUACAGAUAAUUGUAUGCAUAUUAACCACUAUUAUUGAACACAGAAUGAGUCUAUGCAACCUAUGUGACUUGUUAAGCACAUUUUUACUCCUUAACAUAUUUAGCCUUGCCACAACAAAAGGGGUGGAAUACUUAUAAUUAACAUAAUUCCACUUUGACAUUAUGGGGUAUAGAGUACCACAGUAGAAGUCAUAAUACCCAUAAAACCUAGCGGUCAAACAAGGAUAUGGUUCCAAUCGUUUUUUUCCACCAUUCAUUUUUCACAUAGAGAAUUUUUAGAAACACUUAAAAUAAGGGCUGCGUUUCGUGUAGGCGUAACCCUGGCGUGACGUUUUGGUAACCGUGUAAAUCCCUCUCGGACAAGGUGAGUUUUAUCAAUAUAUUCGCCUGUAUUUACUCUUCAAAAAUGAAAUGCUAAUGUGGCUAUCAUAAAGAGCUACAAAUGCCAUGAUCUGGAUGAGACUGCCGAAUCGAGGAAAAGGUAAGAAUCUCUGGAUUAACUAUCUAAUGUUAGCUAAAUGUAGUAAUUAAUAAAUUGGCUAAAUCUCUUUAAAUUGACAAUUCUGUUAACUGUCUUGUGCAAGUUUUAAAUUAACACAAUACCUGUUAGCAAAGGUGUCAGCUAGAGAUGAUGUGCAGGGAUUUUUAGUCUUGCAUUAUGUCUACGUUGAAGCUAAUUAGCGUUUUCGAAUCUGAGAGUAAAUGAAUCCGCAUAUAUUUGUAAGUCACCUUGUCCGAGAGAGAUUUACAUGGUUAUCAAAACAUCACUCCAGGGUAAGCCUACACAAAACACAGCCCUUAUUUUAAGUGUUUCUAAAAUCCCCUAUGGGAAAAAUGUAUGGUGGAAAAACGAUUGGAACCAUUUCCCUGUUUGACCGCUAAGUUUUAUGGGUAUUAUGACACCUUCCCUGUGGGGCUGUAAUGUGUGCAGGCCAGUGACGAAAUCUCAGUUUAAUCCAUUUUAAAUUCAGGCUGUAACACAACAAAAUGUGGAAAAAGUCAAGGGGGUGUGAAUACUUUCUGAUGCCAUUUAGCAGACGCUUUUAUCAAGCAUACAUUUUCUUAUUUUGAAUUGAACCCACAACUCUGGCGUUAGUUAGCGCCAUGCUCUACUAACUAAGCCACACGACCAUUUGUUGCGAGUAUGUCCGAUUGUAAUUAUUUAUUAUUAUUAUAACAUGUGGCCAUAACAUAUUAACGUGCAAGUAACUUACCUUUUAUAUUGUCCUGUAGAUAAACCGACAAGUAGCAGCUCUAGAAAAAGCAUCGACUCUAAGACUAAUGUUACAAAGGUAUUGUUUUUCUUUCUUCUUGCUCUUCUGAUGAAUUACUGUUAUUAGUUUUCACCUUUUUUAGUUUCACAUUGUCCGUUUACUUACCUUUAUGUGCCAGGGGAGUGGCAAAGUGGUUUGUGCCAAAUUUACCGCCCAGUGUCUCAACGAAGAUGGUUUGAAGGACCUGAUUAAACCGUUUGGGGAAGUUGUGAAAAUCAUCAUGUUCCCUGCUUUGGUAAGAAGACUAGUUGUCUAUUUAUCAUGUAUCUAUUCAAAGACCUAAUACAGUUGUAUGAAAAAGUUUGGGCACCCCUGACAAUUUCCAUGAUUUCCAUUUAUAAAUAAUUGGGUGUUUGGAUCAGCAAUUUCAUUUUGAUCUAUCAAAUAACUGAUGGACACAGUAAUAUUUCAGUAGUGAAAUGAGGUUUAUUGGAUUAACAGAAAAUGUGCAAUAUGCAUCAAAACGAAAUUAGACAGGUGCAUAAAUUUGGGCACCCCAACAGAAAAAGCACAUCAAUAUUUAGUAGAGCCUCCUUUUGCUAAAAUAACAGCCUCUAGACGCUUCCUAUAGCCUCUAAUGAGUGUCUGGAUGAAGGUAUUUUGGACCAUUCCUCCUUACAAAACAUCUCCACUUCAGUUAGGUUUGAUGGUUACCGAGCAUGGACAGCCCGCUUCAAAUCAUCCCACAGAUUCUCAAUGAUAUUCAGGUCUGGGGACUGGGAUGGCCAUUCCAGAACAUUGUACUUGUUCCUCUGCACAAAUGCCUGGGUAGAUUUUGAGCAGUGUUCUGGGUCGUUGUCUUGUUGAAAUAUCCAGCCCCGGCGUAACUUCAACUUUGUGACUGAUUCUUCAACAUUACUCCCAAGAAUCUGCUGAUAUUGAGUGGAAUCCAUGCGACCCUCAACUUGAACAAGAUUCCCAGUACCGGCACUGGCCACACAGCAUGAUGGAACCCCCACCAAAUUUUACUGUGGGUAGCAAGUGUUUUUCUUGGAACGCUGUGUUCUUUUGCCGCCAUGCAUAACGCCCCUUGUUAUGACCAAAACUCAAUCUUUGUUUCAUCAGUCCACAGCACCUUAUUCCAAAAUGAAGCUGGCUUGUCCAAAUGUGCGUUUGCAUACCUCAAGCGACUCUGUUUGUGGCGUGUGUGCAGAAAAGGCUUCUUCCGCAUCACUCUCCCAUACAGCUUCUCCUUGUGCAAAGUGCGCUGAAUUGUUGAACGAUGCACAGUGACACCAUCUGCAGCAAGAUGAUGUUGUAGGUCUUUGGAGGUGGUCUGUGGGCUGUUUUUGACCGUUCUCACCAUCCUUCGCCUUUGCCUCUCCGAUAUUUUACUUGGCCUGCCACUUCUGGCCUUAACAAGAACUGUGCCUUUGGUCUUCCAUUUCUUCACUAUGUUCCUCACAGUGGACACUGACAGCUUACAUCUCUGCGAUAGCUUUUUGUAGCCUUCCCCUAAACCAUAAUGUUGAACAAUCUUUGUUUUCAGGUCAUUUGAGAGUUGUUUUGAGGCCCCCCAUGUUGCCACUCUUCAGAGGAGAGUCAUAGAGAACAACAACUUGCAAUUGGCCACCUUAAAUACUUUUUCUCAUGAUUGGAUGCACUUGUCUAUGAAGUUCAAGGCUUAAUGAGCUCACCAAACCAAUUGUGUGUUCCAAUUAAUCAGUGCUAAGUAGUUACAGGUAUUCAAAUCAACAGAAUGACAAGGGUGCCCAAAUUUCUGCAUAGCCUCUUUUUUUCACAUCUGAUUUAAUUUCAUACAACUUAAUAUUGCUUCACUAAAAAUCUUUGUCUGGACAAUACCUCAGUACUCAGCUUUUAUUAGAAAAUGAAUGGCAUGCCACUGUGAUCAUUUUCUGUGAUGACAGAGUAAAUUGUUAUGCAGCCUCAGAGGGGUGCCCAAACUUUUUCAUACGACUGUAUCUGUGUUUUCAAUUCAUAUGAAAUGGGUAAGAAGUCUUGCAUUGACUGAAUUAUAAUUUUAAAAAAUCUUAUAGUAAUGUUCUAAUCAUAGAAAUAGAACCUCCACCCAUUAUGACCUCAUUGACUUGGAAUAGGGAUUUCCAUUCUAGUAAUAAUGUUUUGAUGGUUCUUGUAAACACUGCAUCUUCAGGCGUUUGUGGAGAUGGGCUCAACUAAGCAGGCCGAUGAUAUUGUGACGUACUACCUCAGUAGCCCAGUGAUGGUGAAAGGAGGACAAGUCACCUUCUCUGUCUCUUCAACAUUUAAUUUCCUGCAGGUACAUUUUACAAGAUUAAUUAAUUGACACAAUUUUUGUUACAUUUGGUUAAAGGGGUAAUUGAGGAUACGAUUUUCCCUAAAACAACCACACACACACACACACACACACACACACACACACACACACAGAGUAUUAUUCAAUGAGUUGAAUAAAUACAUUUAUGUCUGUAUAGAGUUCCCGGGUGUUGAGCUUUUCCCCUGUGCCUCCUGGUAAAGAGUCUGCCGCAUGGAAGAGAGCGUUGCUGGCCGUAGCUAAAGGAUUUGGACCUGUGGAGCACUCUCUAUUCUUACCUACGCAGGUAUUAAACAGCAUUUUGCUUUCAACUGUUUUGGUCUGCGUUAUAGUAUACUAUAAUUUGCUUACAGUGUGUUCUGUCCUCGUAGGCAUUUGUGGAAAUGACAAAUGCACUGGAUGCACAGAAUCUGGUUGGACACCAUGCGUCCAAAUACCUGAAAAUAGAUGGGAUGCAUAUUAAAGUGGCCUUCUCAUCAGAGUAUAAUACACUUCGGUAAGUUGAUGCGUUCCCGUUGUGCUAUUACCUUUUGUUUUGCAUGCAAACAUGCAUUGAUUAGGGCUUCUGAGUUCAGACUGUCAGACACUGUAGAUGUCACUGUUAUAACCACUGUAUUAAAAGGGAAACAGUUAAUUUAGACUCUGUAAAAGCCAGAAAACAUGGGAAUAAAAGUGUUGUCUGUGAACUGUCUUUCCAUCCCAUCAUGCAGGACCAUGUCUGAGAGGAAGUCUUCGGACAGGAAGUCUUCAGACCGGAGCAGGAAGUCUUCAGACAGAUGUAAGAGGAAGAGAACCCCGAGCCCCAAAAGGUGGUCCCUCAGCCCCAGGAGAGAUUCCCCAAACUACUCAAAGAGGAGGAAGAGGAGGAGGAAGAGGAUGAGGAGGAGGAUGAGGAGUAGAGAGAGGAAAAGCAACUGUCUUAAAGAUGGAGUGAAAUCAAACGAUGGGGGUAAAAGCAGGCCAAGGUCCCCCAGAAAACAGAGCUCCAGCCGGUCCUCCAGAAGCCCUCGCUCCCAUACUAAAGAGAGGGUCUCCAGUGAGAAGACCCCAGGUUCUUGUAAAACAGACCCCAAGAAGGACAAGGUAUCUCCCACUUCCACAUCCACUCGCUCACAACCUCCCACCAAGGAUAAGACCCCAUCCCAGUCCUCCAAUGUGAUGGAGAAGUCCGAAGAGGCUGUCGACAAGACUGACCAGAGCAAGCAAGAAACUGAGACCCAGGACAGCCAGGAGAAUGGAGCCAUGGAGGGGGUGGAGGUGAUUGGAGAGGACGGCGACAUGGAGGGGGUGGCAGUGUAUGGGGAGGAGAACUCUGACAUGGGAGAAGAGGGAGAGGAAGAGGAGGAAGAGGGGAGGAGGAAGAGGGAGAGCUCACGGGAAAGAGGGAGGAGAGGGGAAAGAGGGAGAGGAGGAGAGGAGGAAGAGGAGGUAGGGGAGGGGAGAGGAGGAGGAGAGAGGACGGGAGGGGAGGGAGGGACUGGGGAGGAGGAGGUAGGGUGUAGUUGGAGACUGGGAGGAGAAGGUAGGGGGUAGGAGAAGAGAGAGAGGUAGGGAGGGAAGAGGCGUAGGAGGUAGGGGUAAGGGAGAGGACGGGGAGGGGUAGGAGAGAGGUAGGGGCUGUAUUAGGAGGUAGGGGAGGGGAGGGAGGAUGAGAGGAGAGGGGAUGGGUAGGAAGGUAUCGGUGGGAGAGGGUGGGGGUAGGGAAGGAGGUAUUGAGGUAAGUGGUAGGGGAGGAAGGUCUUUGGUCAGGAAGAGGGCGGUGGGGAGGAAAGGAGGAGGUAGGGGAAGAGGUAGGGGAGGAAGAGGUAGGGGAGGAGGAAGAGGGAGUGGAGGAAGAGGGAGAGGAGGUAGGGGAGGAAGCGGUAGGGGAGACAUGGGGAGAGAAACAGCAGGAGAGUGCUGAGGACUUGAUCCAAGAGCUCUCAGCUACUCGGUCAGAACAGGGGAAAGAGCUCUCAGCUACCGGGUCAGAACAGUUAUUUAAGACUAAAGAGAAGGACGAGAAGACUAAAGAGAAGGACGAGAAGACUAAAGAGAAGGACGAGAAGACUAAAGUGAAGGACGGGAAGACUAAAGAGAAAGACGAGAAGACUAAAGAGAAGGACGAGAAGACUAAAGAGAAGGACGAGAAGACUAAAGAGAAGGACGAGAAGACUAAGGAGAAGGACGAGAAGACUAAAGAGAAGGACGAGAAGACUAAAGAGAAGGACGAGAAGACUAAAGAGAAGGACGAGAAGACUAAAGAGAAGGACGAGAAGACUAAAGAGAAGGACGAGAAGACUAAAGAGAAGACGGCACGACAAGUAGACUCUGAACAGUGUAGUAAACAAUCGUCUGAGCCAGCCAAACACUGUGACAAGGAGGACAGAGGAGCGUCUCCAGUGAAUACUGACAAAUCCUCUAACUGUGAAGUCCAAAAGGAUGCCCCUGUCCCUGCUGCUGAGGAAGAGAAGCGGGCCUGUAGCACCGAGGAUAAUGUAGAAACCAAGAUGGAGGAUAAUGUGGAAACAGGACCAGAUUCCAUGAAGACUGGUAUGGAGUCAUCGUUCCAGCCCAACAACCCAGUGGGUAAGUGGUUUGAUGUGAUUUAUAGCCUCACUGCACACUCAUGGUAGCCUGGUCCCAAAUCUGUUUGUGCUCUUGUUAACCCCGUUGCUGUCAUUGGCAUGACAAUUCCAUAAAGAGUUGGCAAGAGAAUAGAAUCAGACUGGCACCCAGGCUACUGUCUUGGCUCCUUUCAAGAAUCAUUACUAAAUGACCUUUGACCUUUUUAGACUUGUCUGGUACACUUUCAUCAGUGAAACAACUGUUAUUUGUUUGCUUUGAAAACACUACCAAGUUGUGCAGCAAUGAACCGUAGUAAGAAGCAUUCUCUUUAUGAAGAACAGUACUAUGUUUUCUAACGUCCUAUAUGUGUUUGUUACAGGAAGGGAAUUCAUUAAACCUGUCAUGGGCUACUUCUGCAACCUGUGUAAAGUCAUCUAUGUCACUGAGGACGAAGCAAAGAGCCAGCACUGCAGCAGCCUCUGUCACUAUCAGAAGUUUAUGGUAAAGCACCAGAAUCCUGUUCAGUAUCAUCUAACUUGAGUUUUCUAUGCUUCUUUACCAUAGGCAUAGAGACACUGCUCUUUUAUAUAGUCCCUAUUACCAAAUAAUGUACAGUUGAAGUCGAAGGUUUACAUACACUUAGGUUGGAGUCAUUAAAACUCAUUUUGCAACCACUCCACAAAUUUCUUGUUAACAAACUAUAGUUUUGGCAAGUCGGUUGGGACAUCUACUUUGUGCAUGACACAAGUAAUUUUUCCAACAAUUGUUUACAGACAGAUUAUUUCACUUAUAAUUCACUGUAUCACAAUUCCAGUGGGUCAGAAGUUUACAUACACUAAGUAUACCGUGCCUUUAAACAGCUUGGAAAAUUCCAGAAAAUGAUGUCAUGGCUUUAGAAGCUUCUGAUAGGCUAAUUGACAUCAUUUGAGUCAAUUUGAGGUGUACCUGUGGAUGUAUUUCAAGGCCUACCUUCAAACUCAGCUUGAUAUCAUGGGAAAAUCAAAAGAAAUCAGCCAAGACCUCCACAAAUUGUAGACCUCCACAAGUCUGGGUUCAUCCUUGGGAGCAAUUUCCAAACACCUGAAGGUACCACGUUCAUCUGUACAAACAAUAGUACGCAAGUAUAAACACCAUGGGACCACGCAGCCAUCAUACCGCUCAGGAAGGAGAUGCGUUCUGUCUCCUAGAGAUGAACGUACUUUGGUGCGAAAAGUGCAAAUCAAUCCCAGAACAACAGCAAAGGACCUUGUGAAGAUGCUGGAGGAAACAGGUACAAAGGUAUCUAUAUCCACAGUAAAACGAGUCCUAUAUCGACAUAACCUGAAAGGUCGCUCAGCAAGGAAGAAGCCACUGCUCCAAAACCGCCAUAAAAAAGCCAGACUACGGUUUGCAACUGCACAUGGGGACAAAGAUCGUACUUUUUGAAAAAAUGUCCUCUGGUCUGAUGAAACAAAAAUAGAACUGUUUGGCCAUAAUGACCAUCGUUAUGUUUGGAGGAAAAAGGGGGGCUUGCAAGCCGAAGAAACACCAUCCCAACCGUGAAGCACAGGGGUGGCAGCAUCAUGUUGUGGGUGUGCUUUGCUGCAGGAUGGACUGGUGCACUUCACAAAAUAGAUGGCAUCAUGAGGAAGGAAAAUUAUGUGGAUAUAUUGAAGCAACAUCUCAAGACAUCAUUCAGGAAGUUAAAGCUUGGUUGCAAAUGGGUCUUCCAAAUGGACAAUGACCUCAAGCAUGCUUCCAAAUUUGUGGCAAAAUGGCUUAAGGACAACAAAGUCAAGGUAUUGGAGUGGCCAUCAUAAAGCCCUGACCUCAAUCCUAAAGAAAAUCUGUGUCCAGAACUGAAAAAGUGUGUGCGAGCAAGGAGGCCUACAAACCUGACUCAGUUACACCAGCUCUGUCAGGAGGAAUGGGCCAAAAUUCACCCAACUUAUUGUGGGAAGCUUGUGGAAGGCUACACGACAGGUUUGACCCAAGUUAAACAAUUUAAAGACAAUGCUACCAAAUACUAAUUGAGUGUAUGUCAACUUCUGACCCACUGGGAAUGUGAUGAAAUAAAUAAAAGCUGAAAUAAGUCAUUCUCUCUACAAUUAUUCUGACAUUUCACAUUUUAAAAAUAAAGUGGUGAUCCUAACUGACCUAAAACAGGGAAUUUGUACUAGGAUUAAAUGUCAGGAAUUGCGAGAAAAACUGAGUUUAAAUGUAGUUGGCUAAAGUGUAUGUAAACUUCCGACUUCCAACUGUAAAUCACAGGGGUGUAGGUUUGAAAAAGUAUGAUCAUGGAGGGGAAAGAGUGGGUGUAUCUAUUCAUUACAUUAUUCAACCACCAUCUCUGUGCAGUUGUUUUGCAGUGUACAUUACAUGUUUUACCUGUAUGAUUUGUGUUGUCUCACAGGAAUAUUCAAGUAAAGACACAGCCUCCAGCUAA